GUCACUGGGGCCGGUGCGUAGGUGACUGCGGCUCGGGGGGCGUUCGGAGUCGAGCCGUCUGGUGCACCCACACAGAGGGCUGGACCACGUUCCACGCCAACUGCGACCAGCAGGACAAGCCCGAAAGCCAGAGGAGGUGCUUUAAAGUCUGUGACUGGCACCUGGAGCUGUUCGAGUGGGAGGUUUCGGGAUGGGACAGGUGUGGGCUCGUCUCCGUUGCUGUCGGUGAGGUGGGAGCCGAAACUUGUGUCACCGCGCAGCACGGGCUGCAGCGCCGCAGCGUCCGCUGCCUCCAGAAACUGAACAGAACCGCUGUGGCCAGUGAGAUAUGUGAGUAUUUCACCCCACAGCCACCUGCUGAGCAAGCCUGCCUCGUGCCCUGCCCGCGGGACUGCGUCGUCUCCGAGUUCUCCGGCUGGUCUGAGUGCGGCACGGACUGUGCCAAGAGUCUGCAGCACCGCACGCGGGCGGUCAUUGCUCCCCCGCUCUACGGGGGAGCCCCCUGCCCGAAUCUGACUGAAUCCAGAGCCUGUGGAGCUCCUGCCUGUCCCCUCGGGAAGGAGGAGCACACCUACAGCCUCCGUGUGAGCGCCUGGGGCGAAUGCCAACUGCCCCAUCCGAAGGACUCGGAGCUGGCCGGGAGGACUAUGCAGGAUUUGGGUUUGGACUCUGGAGAGCGAAGCACGUCUGGACUUCAUGGCUCUAAACCACACCACCACGCUGGGGAGGUGGAGAUUGGUUACCAAACGAGGCAGGUCAGGUGUGUAAGGAGCGAUGGAAAACAUGCAGCACUGAGCCUCUGCCUGCAAGAUCCCAUCCCUGUGACCUUCAAGUCCUGUGUCAUCGCUAAAGACUGUGAGAUGUCGGAGUGGUCCCCAUGGAGCACCUGCUCACAGACGUGUGGCUGGGGAGAUCUCAGCCCAGGCUUCCGGAGCCGGCGCCGCAGCGUGCGGAGCGUGGCCAUGGGCAAUGGGAAGCGAUGCCCGGACCUGGAAGAGAGGGAAGCAUGCAGUGCUGGAGGGAAGGAGCUGCUGCAGCCUUGCCCCAGGUUUGCCUGGAGAACAUCUGAAUGGAAAGCUUGCCAAGUGUCUCUCCUCUUUAACCAGCAGGACCCUCAGCACCACAAGCAUGUAGGGCUUUGUGGAGGUGGCAUACAAACCCGGGUGGUCUACUGUGUCCAGAUCACGGUGGAGCUUGGGACGCACCGACGGAAGGAAGUUGCUAGACCAGUUGAUGGGAAGCUUUGCCAGGGUCCUGCACCCUCCACCUCUGAGGUGUGUCACCUGCCAUGCCCAGCUGAGUGUGUGGUGUCCUCCUGGUCGGCGUGGGGUCCCUGUCUGCACGAGAACUGCCAGCACCGCCACGGAGGACGAGGCUUUAGGAUGAGACACAGACAAGUGAUUGUGGAUCCUGUGGGCACCCAGGCAGGUUGUCCUCACUUGGUUGAAUCUAUUCCUUGUGAAGACCCAGUGUGUUACGAGUGGAAUGUGUCAGAAGGAAUGUGUGUGCCUGACCAUGGAGAAUGUGGCCCCGGGCGCCGCAUCCUGAAAGCUGUCUGCAAGAGCCAGAAAGGUGAAGAAGUGCCACAUCACCUCUGCUCAGAGCUUCCCCGUCCUGAAGUUGUGGCUUGUGAAAUCCCUUGUGCCAUGGAUUGUGUCAUCAGCGAGUGGUCCUCGUGGUCUCCAUGUUCCCACUCAUGCUCCAGUAAAAAUGCAGAGGGCAGUCAAAGCAGGACUAGGUCCAUCUUGGCCCUUCCAGCUGAGGGUGGAAAAGCUUGUCCCCCUGACCGAGCCCUGCAGGAACACCGUGCCUGUAAUGAUCACCCAUGUGUGCAUUUCUUCUGGGAAACAUCUCCCUGGAGCUCUUGCUCUGAAGAUGUGCUGGUGACUGCACUCAAUGCCACCAUCAGCUGGAGUGGAGAAGCCACUUGUGGAGUGGGAAUACAGACAAGGAAGGUCUUCUGCAUGAAGAGCAGUUCUGGGCAGGUCACACCUAAGAGAUGUCCAGAGUCCAUCCGACCGGAGGUCGUGCGGCCGUGUCUCCUCCCCUGCAAGAAAGACUGUGUUGUUACACCUUUCAGUGAGUGGACUCGCUGCCCAACAGCAUGUCAGCCUGGCAAUGCCACUGCAGUUAAGCAGUCUCGGUACAGGAUUAUCAUUCAGGAUUCUGCCAAUGGGGGACAGGCAUGCCCAGACACCUUGUAUGAGGAAAGAGAGUGUGAAGAUAUUCCCAUCUGUCCAGUGUAUAGGUGGAAGACUCACCGCUGGAGCCCCUGUGUGCUGGUGCCAGACUCGGUGAGACAGGGUGUGCUAGGACAGAAUGAGGCAUGUGGACAUGGUUUGCAGUCAAGGG